GUCAUCCGCUGUGUUUGAGAAAAGCACUUGACGGCACCCGUAGCCGCAUCCCAGACUCAGCGCUGCCGUCACAACAAGAGAAAGAGGAUAAUAAGUUAUUAGUCCGCUGACAGAAAAAUAAUCCUCCAGAGCUGCUAACAUAUUAUUUCAGAAUGUCUGACAAAAGUGAGCUGAAAGCAGAGUUAGAGAGAAAGAAACAACGACUGGCUCAGAUCAGAGAGGAGAAGAAGAGGAAAGAGGAAGAGCGCAAGAAGAAAGAGCUGGAUGGACGGAGGGAGGGAGCGUCUCCUCCGCAGGAUGACUCUGAUCUGGAGAGGAAGAGGAGGGAGGCAGAGGCUCUGCUGCAGAGCAUGGGGAUAGUGGACGCCUCCAUGGUGCAACCUCUGCGUGUGGUAACAGAGGAUACGUGUCUGUUUCACUAUUUAGUCCCCCCUCCCAUGUCCCCCUCGGCCAAAUCAGUGGGCACACCCAGUGAAACGGGCAGCCAGGACUCAGGAGACGGCGGCACGGGGCCGAGGACUCUUCAUUGGGACUCUGACCCCUCUACUCUACUGCUCCAUUCAGACUCUCAGCUCGGACGUGGCCCGUUGAAACUAGGCAUGUCAAAGGUCACGCAGGUGGACUUCCCGCCGAGAGAGCUGGUGUCGUACUCAAAAGAGACUCAGACGCCCACACAGACUCAUCACAAAGAUAAUGAGGAAGAGGAGGAGGAAGAUUUGGCAGUGGUGCAGCCUGCUCCGGAGAAUCAAGAUGAGAAAGACUCUCAGAAAGAGGAAGAGGAAGCGCUCCCUCAUGAGCUGACGGAGGAAGAGAAACAGCAGAUUCUUCACUCGGAGGAGUUCGUGACUUUCUUUGACCACAGCUCUCGGAUCGUGGAGCGCGCUCUCUCCGAGCAGGUGGACGUGUUUUUCGACUACAGCGGACGGGCUCUUCAGGAUAAAGAGGGAGAGUCUCAGGCUGGAGCCAAACUCUCCCUGAACAGACAGUUUGCAGACGAGCGCUGGUCCAAACACAGAGUGGUCACCUGUCUCGACUGGUCACCGCAGUACCCGGAGCUGCUGGCGGCGUCAUACAGCAGUAAUGAAGACGCUCCACACGAACCCGACGGUGUGGCUCUCGUCUGGAACAUGAAAUAUAAGAAAACCACACCGGAAUAUGUCUUCCACUGCCAGUCUGCAGUGCUGUCAGCAGCGUUUGCACAGUUUCAUCCCAAUCUGCUGGUUGGAGGCACGUACUCGGGGCAGAUCGUCCUGUGGGACAACCGCAGUAACAAGCGCACCCCUGUGCAGAGGACGCCCCUCUCAGCUUCGGCUCACACGCACCCGGUGUACUGUGUGAAUGUGGUGGGGACGCAGAACGCUCACAAUCUCAUCAGCAUCUCCACCGACGGCAAGAUGUGCUCCUGGAGUCUGGACAUGCUGUCUACACCACAGGACAGUCUGGAGCUGGUGUUCAAGCAGUCUAAGUCAGUGGCCGUCACCUCCAUGUCAUUUCCUCUGGGUGACGUCAAUAACUUUGUGGUGGGCAGUGAGGACGGGUCGGUCUACAGCGCCUGCAGACACGGCAGUAAAGCGGGCAUCAGUGAGAUGUUUGAGGGUCAUCAUGGACCAAUCACAGGCCUCGACUGCCACACAGCGGCAGGACCAGUCGACUUCUCGCAUCUAUUUGUCACUUCCUCCUUCGACUGGACCGUCAAACUCUGGAGUAACAAGAACAAUAAGCCUCUGUACUCCUUCGAGGAUAAUUCAGACUACGUGUACGACGUCAUGUGGUCUCCCACACACCCCGCUCUGUUUGCCUGCGUGGACGGGGUCGGACAUCUGGACCUGUGGAACCUCAACAACGAAACUGAGGUUCCCACAGCGAGCGUGACGGUGGAGGGAAGCCCUGCGCUGAACCGCGUGCGCUGGACUCAGUCGGGACGAGAGGUGGCUGUUGGCGACUCUGAGGGCCAGGUGCACAUUUAUGACGUCGGAGAGCAAAUCUCAGUGCCGCGGCAGGACGAGUGGACGCGCUUCGUGCUCACGCUCACCGAAAUCAACGAGAACCGCGAAGACGUGGAGGAACUGGCUGCUCAGCGAUUGGCUGCAUGAUCACUAUAGCAACCCCUGCUGACCAAUGACGUUCCCCCUGCAUUUGCAUAUCCCCACCCUCUCUGAAGUUACUUUAGUAACAAUCUUACACUCUUUUUUUUAUUCUGGAGACAAAAGGAUUAUUUCAGAAAGCAAGACUUUGCUAUUAAUAAUUGAAGCACUUAGUGUCACGAAACAUUUUGGAGUUCUAAUCAUAGCGGGUUUGGUUGGUGAAAGUAGAAAAUAUCAGGUGGGAGUUUGAAUGUUUUUAUCUAUUUGUAGGAUUCGAGGCUGAUUUGGAGGAAAGGGAAACACUUCCAGUAUGCAAACUAUUGUACAGUAACUUCAGACACUAACGUAACUUACUACAGUAACAGAAGAAAUAUGCUUUUAAAGAGGUGGGAUAUUUUUUUAGAUUCCCCCCAGAUAAACGUUCACAUUAUUGGAUUAUUUAUAACUUUUUAACAAUGCAUUUUGUUUUUAGCUCAUAGAGACUGAACACGCGUUUGUAAAAACCGAAUCAGCACACUUUUAAUCAUGUAACUCCGUUCUUCUGAAUGCCUUAAAGCUAAUUUUAUAACACACACACACACGUAUCCACAAUCUUCCAGCACACAAAGCAUAACCCUCUUGGUGCUUGUUUAUUCCAGCACUUACGACUGAAUAUUUUUUUUUUUUUUUUGCCUUUGCAAAACAUCGGUAGAAAUCUCUAGAUCCGUUUUAAAAAUGUCCCAUGAUUUGUCAUUUGAAAAGGACUUGGAGAAAAACCAUGGUCCUUUUAAUUAGCAUUUCAGUUUAAUUCAAGUUUAUUUGUAUAGUGCUUUUCAUGUUGCAAAUAAUUGCAAUGCAGCUUUACAGAAAAUUAAACUUUCUACAUUAUAUUUAGUAAUAGCUUAUUAGUGGCAAUUCACAUUUCAAACUUAAAACUUCCCUUUGGCACAUAUUUAGACUAUUAGACGGUGUUAUUUUACCAUUCAUUUGACUUAACACGUUUUUCUUUUAAUGGUUAACCGUUAUGUGUUUUUACCAUUUUAAUCUGUAAUUUUACAUAUUUUAUUUGUAAUUUGACAAUAAUGCGACUGCUUUUACAAAAUGUUUAAAAUAUUUCAGUUUACUCAUUAUCUGUGGAUUUUAGUAGUAUUUAUGUAAUUUAUGUAUUUUCUUGACAUUGUAUAAGACCUGAAAUAGCUCCCUUUCUAACAAAUGUUAGCAUUUAGUAGUUUUUUAUGGAUGUUAUGUAAAUGUAAUCUGGACUUUAACUCUUUCCCUGCCAGUGUUUUUGAAAAAAAGUUACCAGCCACCGUCAGUGAUUUUGCUGAACUUCACUAUAAUUUCACAGCCCCCAGAACAUGUUGUUGUAUGUAUAUCUAAACACACAAUACAUCAAUCAACACUUGAUAUAUAGGUAGGAUUCAUAAAAAAGCAACAAGCGGAGAAAAUGUUUAGAUUACAUCCAUCAGUAAUCCCAAAGUUUGCACAGGUUACCACAUUCUGGAUUGAUAUUUCACUCGGUUAGCAUUGGUGAUCGCAUUAUUUUUCAUAUGCAUAGAUUUGGGAUCACUCCUUUCUGCGUCUUCAUGGUCUGUUGUUGUUGAACGCACUUUCUAGCCUCAUAAGCAUAAUAGCGCCCCUAGCGUAUAACAGUAGAAACGGAGCAUUUCGUGUUUGGUGGGAAGAGUUAAAAUAUUGCGGCUUUAAAUGGUUCAGAACAACUAAAAUAAAAUAUACUUGAUAAAAAAUAAAAAACGUAAUCCGUCCAUAAAGUCAAAUUAAGACAAACAUUCUUUACCAACGCUUGUCUGUUUCUUAUAAAUGUUGUUUUUCUGAAAUGAAGGAAGCUCUGGAUACUCACCUCAGUAUCUGACAUCUGAACAAAUUCAUAAGGGUCCCACAGUCAUGAAAAAACAGAUAUGAUCAGGGAAUUUUUAAAUCUAUAUGCUUCCAGCUCUAGAAAAUGUUAUAAAUAGAAUUAAAGUUUAAAUCUUCGAAAUGUCUAUAGCUUUUGGCUAAUGAUUGAUUGUUAAAUUAUUAUGAACAAUUUAUUAGUUACUGAUUAAUACCCAUACACAGUUAAUGGGUUAAUUUACUCAAUGAAUAUAAAUAACGUUUCAUUUUUUUAUAUUUUAGAUGCACAUUUAUUCAUAUUUGGUUAAAAUUCCCUCAUUUGGAUGGUAAUAUGAUUGGACUUUCAAAAGCACAGUGAGCAAAGUCCAAAAACAAGUCUAUCCGUAUGAAAAAUAUUUCCUCUGCUAGAAGCUGUGAUUUGUGCAUGCGUUUUUGAUCUCACGUGUGUUUGGUCCUCCAGCUUCACCAGUUCACUUCAUCACUGACCUCUUUUGUAGCUUGCAGAAAUAAACUCAAUAAAACCUUCACAAACUUGAAAUAAAA